AUGUCCAGCUUUGACUGUAUUCCUGCUCACCCGGCCAGCUCCGAUUUGGUGAGGAGAUUAAAGUCUGCCCUGGACGUCGGGGAUGAGAACACAGUGAUGGAUUUGAUCUGCACUGAAGUUCAACAUGUGAAUGCCACCAUCAAACUCUGUAAUGAUGACUGGAUGAAGGAGCCACAAACUCACCUGCACCCUUUAUACUAUACAGCACUGGCCACGGGAGACCUGAGAAACCUCAAGGUCCUGACUGAUAAAUGUUAUGAAGACGUCAAUCUGAUUUUUGAGAUCAGUAAAAAUGAGCUGGAAUGGCAAGUGAAAAGCCUGGCCUCUUUUGGAUUGUCAGGCCUGUGGUCCCUCGAAUACAAGAGGGAACUGACCACCCCACUGUGCAUCACUGCCAGAAAUGGACACACCGCCUGCCUGCGUCACCUGCUGUUCUGGCGGGCAGACCCCAACAUGGCUCCAGGAGGCCAGAGUGCUCUGCACGAGGCCUGCGAGGGGGGCCACACGGACUGCACGGAGCUGCUGCUGGAGCACAGAGCCAACCCCAACCUCCUGAGCGAGGAAGGCUUGGCACCACUGCAUCUGUGCACCAACCAGAACACGCUGGGGUAA